AUGAGUGAAGUUGAAGCCCAAAUUGCUCAAUGGAGAGCUAUUGUUAAAACUGGUCAAUUAAAAGAAAAUUUACCUGAAUUAAAUUUGCAAUUACGUGAUAACACCUUUAUUAAUGGUAAGAAUGUUAGCUCAAUAGAUAAAGAAUUAUUCGUUGUUGUUUUGCCAUUAAUGAAAGAAUUAGUUAGCAGUACUAAGGAUGUUUCUGACGUAUAUGGCAAAUAUAGACAUGUUUUAAGAUGGGUUGAUUAUAUGCAAGAAAAUGAAAAAGUAGCUGAAGCUGAAAGAAUUGUUAUUAAUCAUGAUUUAGUGUUACCAAGAGAAAUUAUUGAAAAGAAGAAACCAGCUGCCAAGGCAGCUGCUGAUGCAAAGGCAGCUCCAUCUGAAGCAGAUUCAAAGACAAAGGGUAAAGCUAAACCAUCUGGACCUCGUGGAAAACCAGAUGAAGAAACUUUAAAGAAAUUAAGAGAAGAAGCCAAGGUUAAGAAGGCUGCUAAGAAAGCUGCUCAAGCCGCCAAGACCGCUGAAGCUGCUCCAGAAGCUAAACUUUCACCUUCUAUAAUUGACUUCCGUGUUGGUUUUAUUCAAAAAGCUAUUAAGCAUCCAGAUGCUGAUUCAUUAUAUGUCUCUACUAUUGAUGUUGGUGAUGAAGAAGGCCCACGAACCGUUUGUUCUGGUUUAGUGAAACAUUUCCCAUUAGAAGCUAUGCAAGAAAGAUACGUUGUUGUUGUUUGUAAUUUGAAACCUGUUAACAUGAGAGGUAUUAAAUCUACUGCGAUGGUUCUUUGUGGUUCAACAGAUGAAAAAGUUGAAUUCGUUGAACCACCAAAGGGUUCCAAGGCUGGUGAAAAGGUAUUUUUCUCUGGCUUAGGUGAUGAAGAACCUAUGAAGCAAUUGAAUCCAAAGAAGAAAUUAUGGGAACAAUUACAACCCAACUUUUCUACCAACUCUGAUCUAGAAGUUUUUACCACUGAUGAAGGUGUUGUAAGAAAAUUAACCAACUCUAGAGGUGAAUCAUUCCGUGUCGCUUCUAUCGAAAAUGCACAAGUGCGUUAA